GUACCUGGCAUAGAGGCACGGGCAUGCCAUUUGGCGUGCCAUAUGGUGGCAUGCCACAAAGACAAAAUAGUUUAUUAGUAAAAAACAUAGUACAAAGUGGCACAGGCAUGCCAAAUAAAUUUAUGCGUGCCAG